ACCGCACCCUCCUGGAUUAUAAAUUGAGCAUGGAUGUCUGCUCAAGUCCCUCUCCAACUUCAGAAGGACUCUGUAGCUGAGAAGAGUGGGCCGGUCACUGCUGCAACAAUCAUGGCACCAGCUGGAGCAAAGAAGGGUCUUUUGGAGCGUCUGGAUGCAGGAGAGGUGGUUAUCGGGGACGGGGGCUUUGUCUUCGCCCUGGAGAAGAGGGGUUAUGUGAAGGCAGGGCCGUGGACACCUGAAGCUGCCGCCGAGCACCCUGAAGCGGUGCGGCAGCUGCACAGGGAGUUCCUGAGAGCGGGCUCCAAUGUCAUGCAGACGUUCACUUUCUACGCAAGCGACGACAAACUGGAGAACAGAGGCCACACUCAGCGCUUCACUGGCCAGCAGAUAAACGAAGCAGCUUGUGACCUGGCCCGGGAGGUGGCCAAUGAGGGUGAUGCUCUGGUGGCCGGAGGAGUGUCUCAGACCCCCUCUUACCUCAGCUGCAAGAGUGAGGAUGACGUCAAGGCCAUCUUCAAGAAACAGCUUGAUGUCUUUGUCCAGAAGAACGUGGACUUCUUGAUUGCAGAGUACUUCGAGCAUGUGGAAGAGGCCGAGUGGGCAGUCCAGGUUCUGAAGACCACUGGCAAGCCAGUGGCUGCAACUCUGUGCAUUGGACCUGACGGAGACCUGAACGGCAUCAGCCCUGGAGACUGUGCUGUCAAACUCGUCAAAGCUGGAGCUCAGAUCGUGGGCAUUAACUGCCACUUUGACCCGGAGACCUGUGUGAAGACUGUGAAGAUGAUGAAGGAGGGCGUGGAGAAGGCCGGACUGAAGGCUCACUACAUGAGCCAGCCGCUGGCCUACCACACUCCUGACUGCAACCGGCAGGGUUUCAUUGAUCUGCCAGAGUUCCCUUUCAGUCUGGAGCCGAGGAUCCUGACCAGAUGGGACAUGCAGAAAUACGCCCGGGAAGCGUACAACGCCGGCAUUCGUUACAUCGGAGGUUGCUGUGGAUUUGAACCUUACCACAUCCGUGCCCUGGCUGAGGAGCUGGCAGCCGAGAGGGGCUUCAUACCUGCUGGAUCGGAGAAGCACGGCAUCUGGGGUAGUGGCCUGGAGAUGCACACGAAGCCUUGGGUUAGAGCAAGGGCUCGUCGUGACUACUGGGAGAAGCUGAAGCCUGCGUCUGGCCGUCCCUUCUGCCCCUCCAUGGCCACACCUGACGGCUGGGGCGUCACCAAAGGCCACGCCGACCUGAUGCAGCAGAAGGAGGCCACCUCCCAGGAGCAGCUGAAGGCUCUCUUUGACAAGGCCAGCAAAAGUCACUGAGCUCCUCCUCCGAUGUGUCUGUUUGGAAGAAGAGGCAAAGGGGUGGCGUGUGAGAGGCACGCUCACACAUUCCCUUAAGUUUACAUACCAAAAUAAAGAUCGAAAUGCUGAAGAUAUUUGUCUCUUCUAAGGACCAUUUACACUCACAUUUCAAAUUAGCUUUAGCAUUAGUGCCUGUUUAAGUAGGAUGAUCACAUCUGUGAGCCCUGUUACUGACUACAAAGCUCAAACAGAGCAGCUGUGAAUGCACCUGAGUGACGCCUUAAACACUCCGAAAGUGCUUGUUGUCUUAUAAAAGAACUGAAUCAUGUGUGGCAAUAAACUUCUAGUUGAACAAACCCA